GCGUAUUGAAACGGAAACCGUUCACAUUUUAAGAACCAAACAGAGCAAAUGGAACAAAACGUUGCGAGUGCUACCUGCAUUUGUCCAAUAUAAACUCUCGUUUUCGUUGCAAAAGCAUUUUCAGUUUGAAGGAAACGGGUUCUGUUGCAAAACGUUUAACAACAGACAAAAGGUUUUGCAACAGAAUCGGCUUAAUGAAUACUCCCAAGUAGAAGGAGUGAGGCGAGUCCACUCGUGUUUCUCUCACCCUAGGAGUAGGCUAAAUCUAAACCGGGACGCCCCAAUUCUGGUAAAGCUACUGCCUAAAUCCGAACUUCAAGUCCAGCUUUUAUACAACAAGCUUUGAUCGUGUCGAUGAAACAAUCAAGUGGUGCCUGACUGUGGUGCGUCCCGGAGGAACAUUAGUCCACAUCACCAAGUGCACCAGGGUCCCCUGACUUGACUUGAAGCGUCUUUUGUAUCUGAUGCUCUUCCAGAAGACAGAGUACCACUGCACUGUGGCUGGGGACUUCUAGGGAAGAUACCUCUACACUCACUCCACUGUUUGGAAAAGGGUCUCCAGGAGAAUGUUUUGGGGAUGAACUGCUGGAAGAGCAGCACCUUGCUGGACAAGCCGUGUGACCCCAGAGAACCAUCUUUACCCCGUCGCCACCUUCGCCCCUCUGUCAGUGCUGCGGAGAGCCCAAAGACUUAGUGUGAGCAGUUGGGGGUCGGGGGGUGGGGAGGGCAGGGGACCUGGGCUGGUGGAUGGAGGAAAGGCACACAUCCCUUCUGCCAGCGAGCCACCCACCCACCCUGAUGGUGUCCCCUGCCCAUGUCGCUCCCACCACCCCUCUGCAAUGGUGACAUGAGUGUAUGUGACGUGAAGGAGCCUAUUGUAUUUUGGAAGAAGAAUCUCUGCCACCUCUGAAGCAACUGUUGCAUUCCGAUUUGCUUUCGCCGUGAACUCUGUGACUGAUUCUGCGCAGGGUGAUGCUGCUGCCGUCAUGCGGUCGCCUCCGGCGGCUCUUCCGUCACUCUCACGCCCUCACUCUCCAGACCAGCCUACUGCUCCUCUUCCUCUUCUGCAUGGUCAGCGUCCUGGUCUCUGCCUACUUCCUCUACGGAGUCAAGCGGGAGCUGGAGCCGGCGGCGGGGGGCGUAGGAGGGCCGGAGGAAGGCACUGCCGACUGGGACGACCCUCGGGCCACCACGCCCUCCACCUCCUCCCGAGCUCUCCCUCCACGCACGGCCAGGCCCUCAGACGCGUCACGCACCGACCCUGUGGUGCUGGUGUUUGUGGAGAGUCUGUACUCCCAGUUGGGCCAGGACAUUGUGGCAAUCCUAGAGUCUGGCCGUUUCCGCUACCGGACCGAGAUCGCCCCGGGGAAGGGGGACAUGCCCACCCUGACAGACAAGGACCGAGGCCGUUUCACGCUGGUCAUCUACGAGAACAUCCUGAAAUACGUCAACCUGGACGCCUGGAACAGAGACCUACUGGACAAGUACUGCGUGGAAUACGGCGUGGGUAUCAUAGGCUUCUUUAAGGCCAAUGAGAACAGCCUGCUCAGUGCCCAGUUGAAGGGCUUCCCUCUCUUCCUCCAUUCAAACCUGGGCCUGAGGGACUGCAGCGUCAACCCCAAGUCCCCCCUGCUCCUCAUCACUAAGGCCCGGGAGGUGGAGCGAGGCCCCCUACCCGGGGACGACUGGACCGUCUUCCAGUCCAACCACUCCACCUACGAGCCUGUUCUCCUAGCCAGGACCCGGGUGCCUGACCUGGGCCCAUCCGGGGCGGGGGUGGGGGUGGGCGGCCCCCUCCAUGCCUCUGUGGUCCAGGACCUGGGGCUCCACGACGGCAUCCAGCGGGUGCUCUUCGGCAACAACCUCAACUUCUGGCUGCACAAGCUGGUGUUUGUGGACGCGGUGGCCUUCCUGACGGGCAAGAGGCUGUCUCUGGCUCUAGAUCGCUACCUGCUGGUGGACAUCGACGACAUCUUCGUGGGCAAGGAGGGCACCCGCAUGAAGGUCUCAGACGUCAAGGCCCUACUGGAGACCCAGAAUGACCUCCGAACCUUCGUCCCCAACUUCACCUUCAACCUGGGCUUCUCUGGGAAGUUCUUCCAUACUGGUACGGACGAGGAGGACCUGGGGGAUGACCUGCUCCUCUCCUAUGGGAAAGAGUUCUGGUGGUUCCCCCACAUGUGGAGCCACAUGCAGCCCCACCUUUUCCACAACCAAUCCGUGCUGGCCGAACAGAUGCUGCUCAACAGGAGGUUUGCGCAGGAGCAUGGCAUCCCCACCAACAUGGGCUACGCGGUGGCUCCCCACCACUCUGGGGUGUACCCCGUCCACGUCCAGCUGUACGACGCUUGGAAGAAGGUGUGGGGCAUCAAGGUGACCAGCACGGAGGAGUACCCCCACCUCAAACCUGCCCGCUUCAGGCGAGGCUUCUACCACAGUGGCAUCAGUGUGCUGCCCAGGCAGACGUGUGGCCUGUUCACUCACACCAUCUUCUACAACGAGUACCCUGGAGGACCCAAGGAGCUAGACAAACUCAUCAACGGAGGGGAGCUCUUCCUCACGGUGCUCCUCAACCCGAUCAGCAUCUUCAUGACCCACCUGUCCAACUACGGGAACGACCGUCUGGGUCUGUACACUUUUAAGAACCUGGUGAAGUUCGUCCAGACAUGGACCAACCUGCGGCUGCAGACCCUGGCGCCUGUGCAGCUGGCCCAGCGCUAUUUCCAGAUCUUCCCCGAGGAGAGAGACCCCAUCUGGCAGGACCCCUGUGAGGACAAAAGGCACAAAGACAUUUGGUCCAAAGAGAAGACAUGCGACCGAUUCCCGAAGUUGCUCAUCAUUGGACCACAGAAGACAGGCACCACAGCCCUGUAUCUGUUCCUGGGGAUGCAUCCUGAUCUGACUAGUAACUACCCCAGCAAAGAGACCUUUGAGGAGAUCCAGUUCUUCAAUGGCCACAACUACCACAGAGGCAUCGACUGGUACAUGGAGUACUUUCCCCUACCCUCCAACACCAGCUCAGACUUCUACUUUGAGAAGAGCGCCAACUACUUUGACUCGGAGGUGGCUGCACGCCGUACAGCCGCCCUCCUGCCCAAGGCUAAAAUCAUCACCAUCCUCAUCAACCCUGCAGACAGGGCCUACUCAUGGUACCAGCACCAACGUGCCCAUGGUGACUCGGUCGCCCUGAAGUAUACUUUCCAUGACGUCAUCACUGCUGGCCGCAAUGCCCCCAUCAAGCUGCGGGUGCUCCAGAACCGCUGUCUGGUACCGGGCUGGUACGCCACCCAUCUGGGCCGCUGGCUCAACCACUACCACCCCAGCCAGAUUCUGGUUCUGGAUGGUCAGGUGCUGAGAACAGAGCCUUUUGCCUUGAUGGACAAGAUCCAGAAGUUCCUUGGGCUGACAAACACACUGAACUACCACAAGAUUCUAGCGUUUGAUCCCAAAAAAGGGUUCUGGUGCCAGUUGUUAGAUGGGGGGAAGACCAAAUGCUUGGGCAAGAGUAAAGGACGGAGAUACCCCGACAUGGACACAGAUUCUCGCGCCUUCCUUAGGGAGCAUUACAGGGACCACAACAUAGAGCUGUCCAAGCUGCUCUAUAAGAUGGGCCAGCCUCUGCCCAGCUGGCUCAGGGAGGAGCUGAUCCACACCAGGUAGCCUCAGCAUGGCCGGGGACACAAGGACAGAGACGCCACCCCAACCUGCCCACACAUAGGGGGUGCACUCUCCCCUCCGCUCCAGCCAGCCAGCGCCACACGGGGUGACCAGGAGCUGAGGAAGCAGGAGAGACACAGCAGGCCCUCCAUGCCCACUCAACCCAGUGGCCCCCAGCGACCCCAGUUUGGGGUGUGGGCCUCAGAAGGGAAAAGAGGCAGGGGUGAAGGAGAGACAUGAACUGUGUUUAGGAUUGUUCCAUUUCUUUCUCAGAAAGAAUGACAAAGUGCCCGUCUUGACCAUGGGCACAUGCACACAGCAACGCUGGGGCCAAGAGAGAGGAGGGAGGGAUCAAAGAGAUGUAUCAUUUCCUCAAGGAGAACCAAUGUUGUUAUUCGGUCUCUCACACAGACAGGCAGACACACUCACUCUCUGUACGCUUUGCAGAGGGCGGAGAAAGACUUUGUUUCUCUGUGCCAGUUAUGGAAAAAUACACUAGCCAAUAAUGGAUAUUCAAGUGCCGGAGUGGAAUGUUAAUUUGAAAGUAUUUCUGAAUUUAUAUUUUAAUCAUUAACACUCAUAUACUGCUGGAUGUCUGUAUUUCUUUCCGAGCUGUUAUGGUUGCACGAUGCGUCUUUCGAGCAUUGUAUGUUCCUUUCAACUGUCCCAUGUUUUUAAUCUGUGUUCAUCUGAAAACAUAACUGGAGUCCAUGAAUUGCUCCCACAGACCACACCGACACUUGACCUUUAUCAAGUCAAAUCCCCUUUUGGUCUUUAAGACCUUCAAUUCCAAAUGAGACCAGCUUGCUUUGUAUUGGUCAGUGGAACGUUGUCCUUGGUCGUAACUGCCUUAAUAAUGAAAUAAUGAAACCCAUUCCUAAAUACAGCUGGACCCUACCAUGUCUGUAGAGUACACUACAAACUGAACGUAAAUGUGACAUGAAAAAUGUAGCUGCAUGUUUUAAAGGCCUUAAAGUGGAUAUUGCAAUUUCACUCCAAGGAGACGGGCAUCCUCGUCGCCAUCCAACUUGUUACUGUACCGAGCACGUCUCUUGAUUUCCCGCUAAUAGAGCAGGAUGUUGAUUUCUAGUCUUUCCCAACUCAGCUGACUAGAGCUUAAUCACUUCCCUAUUCAUUCUGUCAUCUGAUCGGUUACUCCUUUUGUGCCUGUACAAUAGGUGAGUGCAGAAUACAAGGAUAUCUUUUGAUCGGCUCCACUGGGGAAGGAUACUGGUACCCCUAGCCCUUGUCUCCUAGUCUCCAGUUACAGACAACACCGUCUUCCCUUCCGCUUGGAAUGGCUUUGCCACAUGUUGUGGUCAAACCAACACCAGAGGAGCGUCGGUCACAGCAACAUAUCUCUAGCUCUGCAGUGGUUGGUUUAGUAUGCCCUUUGAACCCAAGCCCACUGGAUCAGUUGGUAGUGUAACUGGCGGCCUGUAAGAAGUGGUCCUUAUCCUUCCGUGUAGGAUGGCUCUUAAAGGUUCACACUGUCCCAUGUCAUCCUCGGACAUUAUUCAUCAACGCAGCUUAUAGUCCUAGCCCACUUCAUAGUGUCCAAUCAGGUGUGUUCUGCAAAGACUUUGGGAGAAUUAAGAGGUGAAAUUGGAUUUGAAGCUGCAAAUUCAAGACGGUUAAUCCCACCCUCUGGAGGAGCUGGGGUGUUCUAUACAGGAGACAUUGAGAGCCUUUUCUUCUCUCAGUUUAUUAGUCAAGGUUAUAGGAAUGUAAACUCACUUCAUUUUAUCUCCUGUCAGUUGCUAUGGAUGCAUAUACGAAUACUAUGAACAUAUCUGGGAGGUUAAUGUUUCUUUGUUGUAUUACAAUCCGGUAUGUACAAAUACAUGAUCUACUCUGAAUCCAUGCUCUCCUAGAAGCACAAUAUUUAUUUCUCAACACGAUGUAAGAAGAAGGUUUUGGUACAACUUUCCUGUUAAAGAGAACAGUCCUUGUUUGUGUGAGGGAUUUUGCAGUGCUCCAGAAUAUGAGGGUCCAUUUAGCAUUUUGUAUUACCUGGACCCUUGUAAAGAAGUGUGGUCUUAUGGGUCCAUUCUAGAUUAAUUGUAUUUAAGGUACUGAAUCAUGCACCUUGUGUGGUGACACAAAUGCUGCUCUCAUUUCAAUUUGUUCAAGGAGCUGUAAUAUAUUCACAAAUCCUUUGUCUCGUCAUUUCCUUUUGCUUUUGAGCCGUUUUACAAUGCAAUAUAAAGUACAAGUGUUCUGGUUCAGAGUAUCAGGGAGGGUGUUGUGUUGUUUGAGCCUAGACACUACGGUCAGGAGAUGGGCCGAGCGAGUUCCCAUGUCUGGGCAGUUCCUUCUUUACCCCACUCACUCAGCCGAAGUCCCAGUGAAUUUCACUCUGUAUGAUAAUGUUGGACAUUGAGUAGUGAUCAUUCAUUAACUAUAAGGACAUGAUAAUCAUCUGGACUGUACAAUCAACCAAUUGUUGUUAAUAUUUUUUUAUUGUUUGUAGCUAAUAUUUUUGAUUUUUAAUUUACAAAUAAAGAAACCACUGUCUUUUAAA